UUUUACGCACGCAAAAAAAUCAUUUAAUUUGCUUUUUUCACGACUUUUCCAAUUCCCUCGUAUUGUAUUGAAAGCCCAGCAAAGCAGCCCACCAUUGCUGCUUCAGAUCUCCAAAUCACAGUGUCGGGUACGGAAAGGAAAUCGUAGAAGAGAGAGAAAGCUAAGGGAGAAAACAGAGCAAAUUGAAUCAGCAAAAAACAGAGAACACACAUGGGUUGCAGAAACAGAGAGUUCUUAAACGACGAGGCCUCUUCUUCUUCUUUGAGUGAGGCUUUGAUUUUCGCCACUCUGUGCAUCAUUGGCCUCCCAGUUGACGUGCACGUCAAGGACGGUUCGGUCUACUCUGGAAUCUUCCACACCGCAUCUGCAGAAGAUGAAUAUGGUAUUGUCCUGAAGAAUGCAACGAUGAUUAAGAUGGGCAAAAGUAAAUCAAAUGUGGGAAAUGGUGUGGUCAUAGAUACGCUAGUAAUCCUCUCAGGUGAUCUAGUUCAAGUUGUUGCAAAGGGAGUUCAGCUUUCAGUUGAUGGUGUUGCUGGAAAUAUGGCUGGUGAUUGUACAGAAGCAGUUGUGGGGAUUGUACCUUCUAAGCACCCAGCGAGUGAGGCAAAUAAAUCUACAAAGUAUGCCAUCCAUAAAAAGAAAAUCAAUCAGACAAGGAGUUCAGUCCAAGCAGAGAAUGGCUUUUCUCAUGGUUUUAUACCCAAAAUAUCUGGAAGGAAGCAUGAAGAGAGAAAAACAUCUACAAAUCAGAUUGGCAAUGCCUUGGAAGUUGAAAAUGGGAUAACAGAUGGGAUAAGUUUAGCAAAGGUUGAAGAAGCUUCUGGUGCAUCAUAUGGGAGGUCACAAGGUGAACGGGAUAUUUUCAAAGAUAAGAUUGAGCUUCAUAGGGAAGAAAGUGCUGAUGAAGUUCAUGGCUCUACUUCAAGCUUGGAUACCAGCAUUACCCAAGUAAAACCUGUUGAAGAUAGGCAUGCAAAGAUGACAUCGCAGCUCUUGCCAAAUGAAGCAUCCAGUGAUCCUGCUACUCUUCCUGUUAAACCAGACAACCAAAGCUGUGAAAGGCCCUCUUCAGCAGACACUUCUUCAUCUGAUGCUGUUUCUCCAGGUCUUUCAACUUCUCCCAAUCCAAUCAUGGACCUCACCUCAGAGUCAAGUCUUAGUUCAUCAACAACAUUCACUGAAAUGGCCCCUCCACAAAAUCCAGAAUCUAAUAGAAGCUCUAAGGAAUUCAAGCUCAACCCAGGAGCAAAAAUCUUCUCUCCAUCCCUUGCAAAGCCUAUAUCAGCAACUCCUUCAGUGCCAACUGUUGGAAGCAUGAGUUACAUUCCAAAUAACUCGCAUGCGGUGCCUGUUGCUGCUGCUCAACCAGAAAUUGAAUUCAGCCCUUUUUCAUCGCGUUCAUCCGUGCCUGUUAAGUUUGUCCCAUAUGGUAAUUUUACAGCUGGAAAUGGUGUCAGCAGUUCUCAAUUUUCCCAACCGAUGAUUGGACCUAUGGGAAGCAGGACACAGCCCCUUCGCUAUGCUGGCCAGUAUAAUCCUAUUCAGGCUGGAACUGCGUAUAUGCAUCCAACUUCUCAAGCUGUUAUGGUUGGACGAUUGGGUCAACUUGUCUACGUCCAUCCAGUUACUCAUGAGUUAGUUCAGGGUGCAUCAGCUAUCUCACCAGCAUCUGCACGUCCUCUGUUGACUCCGCAUCAGGUCCAAUUUUCAAAGCAGCAAGGAAGUGCAGCAAGCCAAGCAUUGCAUCUCUCCGCGCCUCCACCUUUCAUAGCUAGUGGACAGCAACCUUUUGCUGUGCCCAGCCACAUCCCACUUUUCCAAUCUCCCUUCCCGGCAAAUCGGGCAAUUCCAGUUCCAGGAGCUAAUGGUCUCUCCAGCGCCAAGUUUUCAUGAAUACAUUUUCGUUCUUUAAUCAUCUCAACAAGGUUUUUUCCAUUGGUUCUUUCUUUUUAUUAUAAAAGUUGUGGUAAAUUUUGGCCCAAAAUUUUGGUUCGAGAAGAGUGGAGUCUAGCAGCAUCGAGUUACAACUUUACAGAUAUUGAUUAUACAUGUAAAAGAGGAGAUCCUUUUAUUCAAUGGGUCCUCUCUGUAAGACCUUGCUACAUGUGUGAAGCUUUUAUUACCCAUUAACUAUGUAUGAAAGAUCGUCGUGAUGUUUCAAGAUUC